GAUAUAACUCAUUGGUCACCCCACAGGCUUCCUAAGCGGAACCAAAUGCCGUGUUCGUGGUCACCGCACGGACUCAUGAUAGCGGGCACCAGGUCAGGCGGCGGGUAUGUCGCAGAAAAUGUCAACGCUGUUUGGUGGUGUUUAUUUGUUCUAAUCUAAACGAGCGAAUCUGACACGUGAAAGCUGAGCCGGAACCGAGUAUCAGUUAGGUGGAUUUCCCGCGACAGUUAAAGCGGUUCUGGAGAACUGCCCCACUUUCCCCGUUGAAGAAAAGUCCGAUCUCAUUUGAACAAAAAUGAUGAACUUCCUGGGUCUUCGGAAAGAGCCGAAGAAGGUUGACAAGGAAGUCGAGGGAGGCUUUGUCCUGCUCGGGGAAAGAGUAGAGGAGAAGAGGAGCAGAGUCCCCUCCACAAACGUCAUCGUGCAGCCGUUAAAGCCUCGUUCUUCGGCUCCUCCUCCUCCUCCUCCUCCUGCAGAGGCUGUCACAGCAGAUGUGUUCCACUCAGACCAGACUGCGGGGCUUCCGGGGGCUGAAGCUGCAUCCAGUCUCCCGGAUCUGCUGGCAGACGUCCCGUUCACGCUGGCUCCCUACAUCCUGGCCAUGCAGACGGGCCUCCCCGCCGCCCCAGACGUCCUCCUGUCCUCAGACAUGAACUGCCGCCUGUCCAGCUUCCAGUACGACUUCAGCCUGGAAACCUCUGUGCUCCGCAGCACCGCUGCUCAGUGAGAGGAGGGAGGGUGCUGCAGGGCUCGCCCCCACCAGGCAUGAGAAUAUGAAUAAAGCAAACCUGUGAAAAACGUGACCCUAUAGCUGAAAUGCUGAGCAGGUUUGGAGGAACGAGGGGACGUUCUGCAUCUGACUCCUCCUUCCUUCAGACAUCAUGAAGUUUCAAUCCCAGCUCUGCACAGAGGCCCCCUGUGCUGCUUGAAUAGAAUAUUUUAGGCUGCAAUGAUGAAGGUGAAAACAGAAAUGUGUCCAACAGAGAGGUUUUGUAAAGUAAGAACGUUCUAAAGUUUACAUGGACUUCCAUGAGAUCAGAGGAAACUUUGAGGAGCUGAAGAGAGGGUGAGAGCUCGUCAGGCAGCUCUGACCAGCAGAGAACGGAGGUUCUCCUCCACUCUCCAUCCAUGUGAGUGGAAGACUUGCAGUUCUUCUUUCCGGUGUGUGUGGAACGUUUGUCGGCCUUUCAUCCGCUUAGUCGUUUAUUGUGAGAAGAAGAAAAUGGUCCGUUGUUCAUGUGCACUCUACGCAGAUGACGUUCUGCAGAAGAUUUAGGCUGCUUAGCUUUAAGGAAGGAACACGUCCCUGUUUACAUAAAGCCCCCUCUUGCCACCAGUGCCUUCAACUCCUGUAUGAACCAAUAAAAAAAACAUGUCAACCCUUA